AUGACGUCCAAGUACGCUGCAGCCCACGAAUCCCCAAACGGCCCCGGCGAUGCCCGUCCCACGGCCCUGCAAAUCAUCAAAGAUGAACAGCUAGAGGGAGGACUGGCGGGCAAGGUCAUACUCAUCACCGGCUGCUCCUCAGGGAUCGGCAUUGAAACGGCUCGCGCUCUUUGGCACACGGGGGCCACGCUGUAUCUCACGGCACGUGAUCUCAAGAAAGCAAAGACGGCGCUGGGGGAUCUUGUGGAGCAACCUCGAGUCCACCUCUUGCAACUGGAUCUGAACUCCCUUGCGACUGUGCGCGCCUGCGCCGCGGAGUUCCAGUCCAAGAGCAAGACUCUGAAUAUUCUGAUUGCCAACGCCGGAGUGAUGGCGUGCCCGGAGGGACGAACGGCGGACGGCUUCGAGACGCAAUUCGGGACUAACCACCUCGCACAUUUCCUCCUAUUCAGUCUGCUGAAGCCCGUGUUACUAGCGUCAUCUACACCAGAAUUCAACUCUCGUGUCAUCAUUGUGUCUUCCAGCGCGCAUCGCUACACCAAAGUCCACUUUGACAACAUCAACUUGGACGGCGAGUACGAGCCCUGGACGGCGUAUGGCCAGAGCAAGAUCGCCAACCUAUGGACCGCCAACGAGAUCGACCGACGCUACGGCUCCCGAGGUCUUCACGCCUACAGCUUGCACCCAGGCGGCAUCGCCACUGGGCUGAUGCAGCACGUAUCCGGGGACGAGCUCGCGCAGUGGGCCAAGAACGAAGUCCUGGCGAAAUACUGGAAGAGCCCCGAGCAGGGCGCGGCGACGACGGUGUGGGCUGCCGUCGCGAAGGAGUUGGAGGGCAAGGGAGGCAAGUUCUUAGAUGAUUGCCAGGUUGCGAAGCCGCACGAUCCGAAAUCUGGACAGUUCGGUCCGGGAUAUGCGGAUUGGGCUUAUGAUCCUGAGAAUGAGGCUAAGCUGUGGACCAAGUCUUUGGAAUUGCUAGGUCUGAAGGAUGAGUGA